UGGUGGUGGUCAAUAAUCCAUGAGAUGAAUCUGAUGAGUAGAGGAGAGAUUCUGAACAAGGCCUAGUGUGUGAUGGCUAUGCUCUGCGCAUGUUUCCUUUGUUCUUGCCCGCGAUGGGCGGCUAUCUGUAUUGUGUAUAACUCCUUCGGUAAUGUGGGGUACUAUGGGUGGACAAGUGAAUGGGAAAAAGAGAAAUUUUUUAUGGCGAUUAUGGAUGGCAUUGUAGUAUAUGUAGCGAUGUAGGUGUCGUCGACUUUGAAUGCAGG